CGGCAAGCGGUGGGCACCACACAUUGCCGGACGGACGACCUCCAGUUCGUAGAUGGAUCACCGCGGGCCGCUGUUGCCCGAUGGCCGCCGGCUGGCGGCCGCGCUCCUCCUCCUCCUGGCGGCCUGCCUCUCGUCUGCCCGGGCCGUCACCAGCGAGGAGGCCUCCUACAUCGCACAACGCCAGCUGCUCGCCAUGAGCGAGGCCGGGGUGGGCGAGGACGGCGACCUCCCCGCGGACCUGGAGUCGAGGCCUUGCCUGGAGUUCGACGGCAAGGCCGCCACCGCCAACCUGACCUUCCCGAACGACCGCCUCCGCCGCGCCUACAUCGGCCUCCAGGCCUGGCGCAAGGCCUUCUACUCCGACCCCAAGAACUUCACCAGCGACUGGGUGGGCGCCGACGUGUGCUCCUACAACGGCGUGGUCUGCGCGCAGGCGCAGGACGACGCCAAGGCCACCGUGGUCGCCGGGAUCGACCUCAACGGCGCCGACAUCGCCGGCUACCUCCCGCCGGAGCUCGGCCUGCUCACCGACCUCGCCUUCUUCCACAUCAACACCAACCGCUUCUGCGGCAUCAUCCCCAAGAGCAUGUCGCGCCUCACCAUCCUCUGGGAGUUCGACGUCAGCAACAACCGCUUCGUCGGCCCCUUCCCCUACGUCUGCCUCGAGAUGCCCACGCUCAAGUACCUCGACAUCCGCUUCAACGAGUUCGAGGGCGAGCUGCCGCCCGCGCUCUUCGACAAGCCCUACGACGCCAUCUUCGUCAACAGCAACCGCUUCGUCGGCCCCAUCCCGGAGACCAUCGGCAACUCCACCGCCUCCGUCGUCGUCUUCGCAAACAACAAGUUCGUCGGAUGCAUCCCCAAGAGCAUCGGCCGCAUGGCCAAGACGCUCGACGAGAUCAUCUUCCUCAACAACACCCUCGAGGGCUGCAUGCCGCUCGAGAUCGGCAUGCUCACCAACACCACCGUCGUCGACGUCAGCGGCAACAGCCUCGUCGGCUCGCUGCCCAAGGAGAUCUCCGGCUGCAGCAAGCUGGAGCAGCUCGACGUGUCCAGGAACGUUCUCACCGGCAUCGUGCACGAGGCCAUCUGCGAGCUCCCCAUGCUCGUCAACUUCAGCUACGCAUCCAACUUCUUCGAGUCUGAGUCCGCGCCCUGCAUGCCCUCCGACAAAUCCGAGGUCAACCUCGACGACGCCAACAACUGCCUCGGCGCGCUCCGCCCCGCGCAGAAGACCACGCUCCAGUGCGCGCCCGUGCUCGCGCGCCCCGUCGACUGCAACAAGCACGUGUGUGCCGGGCCGCACCCGACGACGAUGCCCUCGCCGGACAGGAAGCAGGCAUCACCGCCGGCGCUGUCCCCGAUAAUUGGGCCAGCAAUGGAGAUCCCGACGCCAGCACCAGCACCCGCACCCGCACCCGAGCCGGCUGUUUUGGGCCCGAUUGUUGGGCCACUUCCACCCAAGGAUGAGUAUGCUGGUGCUCCACCACCUCCCAGUUCUGGCUGGCUCCCGUUGACCCCUGAGCGCAAGAAGGCACCUCCGCCGGAAGAAUACGCGCCUCCGGAAGAAUACACGCCUCCGGUGAAGGCGCUUCCACCACAGGGACCAGUUAAGGUGGUUUCGCCACCCGCACCAGAGAAGGUUCUUCCACCACCGACACCCGUGAAGGUGCUUCCGCCACCCGCACCAGAGAAGGUGCUUCCACCACCGGCGCCCGUGAAGGUGCUUCCGCCGCCCGCACCAGAGAAGGUGCUUCCACCACCGGCGCCCGUGAAGGUGCUUCCGCCACCCGCACCAGAGAAGGUGCUUCCACCACCGACGCCCGUGAAGGUGCUUCCGCCACCCGCACCAGAGAAGGUGCUUCCACCACCGACGCCCGUGAAGGUGCUUCCGCCACCCGCACCGGUGCACUCUCCUCCACCCCCUGUGAAAUCUCCUCCCCCGCCGGCUCCAGUGAGCUCUCCACCCCCUCCGGUGAAGUCUCCACCCCCACCAGCACCGGUCUACUCUCCACCACCACCGGUGAAGUCUCCUCCCCCACCCGCACCGGUGAGCUCUCCACCACCUCCAGUCAAGUCUCCUCCCCCACCCGCGCCAGUCCACUCUCCACCACCCCCGGUGAAAUCUCCUCCCCCGCCUGCUCCAGUGAGCUCUCCACCACCUCCUGUGAAAUCUCCUCCCCCACCUGCACCGAAGAAGUCUCCGCCAACGGAAACACCGGUGAUCCCACCAAAAGAAAAGUCAAUGCCACCACCAACUCCGGCGAAGUCGUCUCCUCCUCCGGCCGAGAAGUAUGAACCACCAGAACCUGUUGAAUCAUCACCACCACCGGUGAAGUCAUAUCCGCCAAAAGAACCUACGCCUGAGAAGUCAUUACCACCUCCGGUGAAGUCCCCAUCACCGCCAAAACCAGUCAGCUCACCGCCACCGGUACCAGUGAAGCCCCCACCGGCUCCAGUGAGCUCACCACCACCGGCGCCAGUUAAGGUACUUCCACCACCCGCACCUGAGAAGGUGCUUCCACCACCAGUGCCGGCGAAGGCUCCACCGGCUCCAGUGGGCUCACCACCACCAGCACCGGUUAAGGUACUUCCACCACCCGCAUCAGAGAAGGUGCUUCCACCACCGGUGCCGGUGAAGCCUACCCCGGCUCCAGUGAGCUCACCACCACCAGCACCAGUUAAGGUACUUCCACCACCCGCACCAGAGAAGGUGCUUCCACCACCGGUACCGGUGAAGCCUCCACCGGCUCCAGUAAGCUCACCACCACCAACACCGGUUAAGGUACUUCCACCACCCGCACCAGAGAAGGCGCUUCCACCACCGGUUUCCGUGAAGCCUCCACCGGCUCUAGUGAGCUCACCACCACCAACGCCAGUUAAGGUACUUCCACCACCCGCACAAGAGAAGGUGCUUCCACCACCAGCACCGGUGAAGCCUCCACCAGUUCCAGUGAGCUCACCCCCUCCCCCUGUGAAAUCUCCACCACCACCCGCUCCAGUUAGCUCGCCACCACCUCCAGUCAAGUCUCCUCCUCCACCCGCACCGGUGAGCUCACCACCACCUCCGGUGAAAUCGCCACCACCCCCCGCCCCAGUUAGCUCGCCGCCACCUCCAGUCAAGUCUCCUCCACCACCGGCACCUGUCAGCUCACCGCCACCGGCACCAGUGUUAUUGCCUCCUCCAGCAAAAUCCACCCCAGCACCGGUGAAAGAAGAGCCACAGUCACCUCCGGCGGAAUCACUUACACCCCCGAAGUUCGACGAGUUCAUCAUGCCGCCGGUCGUGUCGGCAAAAUACGCGUCACCACCACCACCCCAGUUCCAAGGAUAUUAAGCAUGGCAUCAUCGAAACAUCGACGAGGAGCGACCAAUUAUGGUUUAACAAAACAUCGCGUGCACAUGCACACAUGUACCUCAUUUAUAUGGAACGUGCAUGCAUGCAUGCAUGCGUCCUGACUUAUUAUUAAUUAUGUGUAUGUCUGUGCGUACGUGCGACGGUGAAGUGUAUGAAGUGUAUGAUGCCUUUUUUUUUUGGAGUGGGCAAUUUUAUUAAAGCAUCAAGCAACUUUUUUUU